AAGCAGCAUUAGAUGCCAAAGUACCGAUUUUGCCUGCUCAAUUGCAGUGCACGUUGGUUGCCACUUUGCUUCCCUCUUUCCUCCAUUAGAGAAACUCACUAAAAUACAAAAAAAAACCCAGAAACAAAAACCUUCUUACCAACUACGAAACAAAACAAAACUCACAUAUACACGCACUCUUUAAUUUCUUUUUAUAUUAUCUUUCUCUCUCUAGAAUUCACUCUCUUCUCAAGAAACGCACGCAAAAUAUUCUUAUUCUAGUCCUUCGGGUUCUUUGAUUCCAAAUUUGUGUACCCAUCAUAUUAUCUUACUUGGCUUGGCUUUUUUAGUAUUUCGUGCUUGUUCUUCAUCUGUCUACAUUCGUGGUCGUUCAACUGCUGUGUAAAUAAGAGAAAGACACAAAAAGGAGCAACCUUUAUCUCUUCUCUUUUAUACUUUGUUGCUCCACAAAAAGGAGCAAUCUUUAUUUUUUAGUGUACUGUGUAUCUUUGUGUGAUUUUUAAACAAGUCUUUACUGGUGGAGGGCGGUUUUUGGCAAAUGGGUUAUUGUUAAAUUUCUUAAUUCUCUGCAAAAUAUGGAUUUUUCUAUCUUUUGAAGAAUCAUAUUAUGGAUCUGGAAACUGGGAUUUAUCAAAACCGUUUAAAGGGAGAUUCGUGGAAGGCUGUAUUAACUUUGGCUUAUCAAAGUCUAGGAGUUGUCUAUGGAGAUUUAAGUACUUCUCCAUUAUAUGUCUAUAAGAGCACCUUCGCUGACGAUAUUGAACACUCAGAGACAAACGAAGAGAUAUUUGGGGUUUUAUCUUUUGUGUUUUGGACUCUCACGUUGGUCCCUUUGUUAAAGUAUGUGUUUAUAGUGUUAAGAGCUGAUGAUAAUGGUGAAGGAGGGACUUUUGCUUUGUAUUCAUUGCUCUGUCGACACGCCCGAGUCAACUCACUGCCCAGUUGCCAGGUGGCAGAUGAGGAAUUAUACGAGUACAAGAAAGAUAAUAUUGCUUCUACACCAAAUUCAACUAUUGGGGCAAGAUUGAAAUCUACUUUGGAGAAACACAGGGUGUUGCAGAGGUUUUUGCUCGUGUUGGCUUUGAUUGGGACCUGUAUGGUGAUUGGUGAUGGUGUCUUAACCCCUGCUAUUUCUGUAUUUUCUGCGGUGUCUGGUCUUGAGUUUUCGAUGUCAAAAGAGCAACACAAAUAUGUAGAAGUUCCAGUUGCAUGCAUUAUACUGAUAGGAUUAUUUGCCCUUCAACAUUAUGGCACCCACAGGGUCGGUUUCUUGUUUGCACCAGUGGUUCUAACAUGGCUCUUGUGCAUCAGUGCUAUUGGAGUAUAUAAUAUUAUACACUGGAAUCCUCAUGUGUAUCAAGCAUUAUCACCAUAUUAUAUGUACAAGUUUUUGAGGAAAACUCAAAGAGGAGGUUGGAUGUCCUUGGGCGGGAUAUUGUUGUGCAUAACAGGCUCAGAAGCUAUGUUUGCUGAUCUGGGACACUUUUCUCAACUGUCAAUCAAGAUUGCUUUCACUUCUUUGGUAUAUCCUUCCUUGGUACUUGCAUAUAUGGGGCAAGCUGCCUAUCUAUCAAAGCAUCAUUUUGAUGGUAAUGAUUAUCGAAUUGGAUUUUAUGUAUCUGUACCAGAUAAAUUAAGAUGGCCAGUUCUUGUCAUAGCUAUACUUGCUGCAGUAGUGGGAAGUCAAGCUAUUAUCACAGGAACUUUCUCAAUCAUCAAACAAUGCUCUGCCUUGGGUUGUUUCCCUAGAGUAAAAAUUGUCCACACAUCAUCCAAAAUCCACGGUCAGAUAUAUAUCCCAGAGAUCAACUGGACAUUGAUGCUAUUAUGCUUGGCUGUCACCAUUGGAUUCAGAGACACCAAACGGUUAGGCAAUGCCUCAGGUUUGGCAGUGAUAACUGUUAUGCUGGUUACCACCUGCCUAAUGUCUCUGGUAAUUGUCUUGUGUUGGCAAAAGAGUGUUUUUCUUGCAAUUUGCUUCGUAUUGUUCUUUGGUAUAAUUGAAGCUCUCUACUUCACUGCUUCCCUCAUAAAGUUCCUAGAAGGGGCCUGGGUCCCGAUUGCCCUCGCAUUAAUCUUCCUGUUUAUUAUGUGUGUCUGGCACUAUGGAACUCUCAAAAAGUACGAAUUUGAUGUCCAAAACAAGGUUUCUAUUAACUGGCUACUAGGCUUAGGUCCCAGCCUCGGUAUUGUACGUGUUCAGGGAAUUGGCCUCAUACACACUGAGCUUGUGUCUGGAAUCCCGGCAAUCUUCUCCCACUUUGUCACCAACCUUCCGGCAUUCCAUCAAGUUCUAGUCUUUCUCUGCAUUAAAUCUGUGCCAGUUCCACAUGUUAGGCCUGAGGAGCGGUUUCUAGUAGGUCGUAUUGGUCCUAGAGAAUACAGGCUCUAUAGGUGCAUUGUACGUUAUGGAUAUCGUGAUUUCCACAAGGAUGAUAUGGAGUUUGAGAAGGAUCUUGUAUGUAGUAUAGCGGAGUACAUACGCUCAGGAAGUACGGAAACCAAUGGCGCAAAUGAUGAUGUAGGAAAGGAGGAUAAUAAAAUGACCGUAGUGGGGACAUGCUCUACGCAUGCAGAUGGAAUCCAAUUAAGUGAGGAGGAUGCUGGUGCUGAUAUUAUGGAGUCAGCAAGCACAUCAGAGUUGAGAGAGAUAAGAUCACCACAGGUGAUCCACCCUAGAAAAAGAGUGAGAUUCGUCAUCCCAGAAAGCCUGAACAUCGAUAGAGAUGCAAGAGAGGAGUUGCGUGAACUCAAUGAAGCUAGAGAAGCUGGGAUUGCUUACAUACUAGGCCAUUCAUAUAUGAGAGCCAAACAAGGAUCUAGUAUGCUAAAGAAGUUUGUAAUUAAUUAUGGAUACGAGUUCCUAAGAAGGAACAGCAGGUCGCCCGUCUAUGUCCUAAGUGUACCACAUGCUUCUACACUAGAGGUAGGAAUGAUAUACCAUGUCUGAUUUUGGUUAUACAAAUAUACUAUCAUGUACAUUUUGUAAUGUUGUGAAAUAGAAUCUCAAUCACCAUAGUUUAAAUGGUGGAUGAUAGAGGUAUCAAUAUAGUUACUGCACUCUUUUCAUGCAA